UCAUACGUCCUUACAGCGUAAGUUGUAUUAACUAUGUCUGAAUUUAAAAGUGCGAAAACUGUAACUAAACAUUUUUGUUAACGUUGAAACGUAUCAUCUUUGACUAGUAACAGAUACCAUGCCUAUAAUGAUAAUCUAAAAAUUCUCCAAACAAGUUCAAUAAAAUAAAUGACAGGCGGUGAUGCAAUCGUUUACUUUCUGGCUCGUUGAACACAGAGGAUAAAACCAACUAGCAGUGCUGGAAAGACAGAGGAAUAGAUGAACAGAUAGUAAUUAAUUCGAACUCAGAUUUAUAUGAUUCAAGCAAACCGCGUUCUUAAAGUUCUUUAAGUUUCUAAUGGCAUUGUUUAGGCUACAGUUACUGUGCAUUGUUGCUGCUAUUACCAUUGUAAAAUCAUCUAGCAUUAAAGGAAUUGCGCCUGAAAACCAGUCUCUUUACAAGCCAUCAAGUGAUGGCACUUGGAAAUGCUUAGAUAGCUCCAAGGUCAUUCUGUACUCUGCUAUUAAUGACGACUAUUGUGAUUGCCCAGAUGGAUCCGAUGAGCCAGGCACAUCCGCUUGCCCCAAUUCUUAUUUCUAUUGUGAAAACAAAGGACAUAUCUCAGAUUAUAUCAAAUCGUAUUUUGUUAAUGAUGGUGUAUGCGAUGAAGCAUGCUGUGAUGGCUCUGAUGAAAGCACUGGACUUACAGACUGUCCUAACCGUUGUAAAGAAGUUGGAGAGGCCUAUCGAAAGAAACAGGAGGUGUUACAAAAAGCAAUCCAACAAGGUUUAGCCGCUAAGCAACAGCUUGUGGAUGAGGCAGAAAAGCAAGUAUCUCUUUGGGAAGAAGAAAAGUCCAAGCUUGAAGAUGAGCUUAUCAUAAAAAAAUCGUUUGUGAUGAAGCUUGAACGCGAAUUAAAUGCGCUAGAGUCUGAAAAUGAGCAGAGAAGCAAGUUAAGGAAGAAAUGCCCUUCGUGUAUUCAAGAAUUGGUGACCCUCAAACAUGAUAUAUCGGCCCUGAUGAGCGAACUGGAGACAUUGAAGACUAUUUUACAUGAUAUGAAACGAGAUCAUAAUCACAAUUUUCACGACAUGGCUGUCAAGAGCGCCAUAUCCGGCUAUGAUGAGUUUAUGACUCGGUACGCCCAACUAAGAGAGGAAAUAGAAGUAGAUAUCAAAGAGGUUGAAAGUAAAGAAAGUCAGUUUGAAGACAAUGAAAUUGAAUCCGAUAGUGGAGAAAGUGAUGAUAACCAAGACAUAGACAAAGCACGUAAAGCAUAUGAAGAUGCGCAAUCUGAAGUAAACCAGUUAAGCUCUGAUCUAGAAAAAGUUAAUGAGGAACUGAACUUUGACUAUGGUAAAGAAAAAGAAUGGCUGAAACUCAAGGAUGUCUGCAUUGAAAAAAAUGAAGGAGAAUAUACCUAUUCACUUUGCUUCUUGGGUGAUGCCUAUCAAAAGAGUAACAAAGACCAUACUCGUGUCCACUUGGGAAAAUUCAAUGAAUUUACUGGAGACGGUGAUGAUAAAUACAAAAGACAUAGUCAUACCCAAGGUACACGCUGCUGGAACGGCCCUGAAAGAAGCGUAAUGGCCAUUAUUGACUGUGGAGUUAAAAAUGAAAUAUUGGAGGUAUCAGAACCCGAAAAAUGCGAGUAUUUGUACCGUGUCACAUCUCCUGCUGUCUGUCAAGAGAUAGAGCAGCAACCAAAGAAAUCAAUUGUUCAUGAAGAGCUUUAAUAAAACAGUACUCUGAUUCCCCUUGAAAGCUUAAAAUUUAUACGAAAUGAGCAUACACUUAAUUCGCACGUUUUCUUGCUUUUCUUUUUCUCUUAUAAACUCUUUU